AUGCCAAGCCAACCCCCAUCCACACACCACCUCCCGCACCCGCACCCGCACCCGCCCCUCACCAAGCCCAGCCCGAUGCGCAACCUCUCCGAGUAUGCCGUCGCCGACACCCCCGGCACGGCCGGGCCCGAGUACGCUGCGACUGGUGGCGGUGCUGGUGGUGGAGGUGGGGGUGGUGGGGGUGACUACCUGCAGUGUCGGUUUGUGCCGAUUUGUAGUCCUGUUUCGACGCCGGGGGUUGGGGGUGUUGGGGCGCAGGGGGUGCAGGGGGUGCAGGGGACGGGGGGUGGUGGUGGUGGUGGUGCUGCUGCUGCUGGUUGGGGAGGGGAUGUGGAUGCGGGGGCGGAUGGGGAUGGGGAUGCUGAUGUUGGGGUGGAUAUGCAGAGGGAGAUGGGGGUGCGGAGGGAUCCCGAGGGGAAGGGAGCGGGAGGAGGUGCUGAGGGUGGGACGGUGCGUGCCCGGGCCCGGCGCGGGAGUAUGAGUGUCGGUGGUGACGGUGGAGGGUCGGGGGUGGUGAGGCCCGGGAUGAGGAGGGAAAGCCCGGGGGGAUUUCAUGGGCGUGGGAGGGGUGAGGUGACGCUUGGGGCUGGGGAGGCAGAUUUGGAGAGGUGA